CUCAUCAUGCUGUCUACGCGUCUUUGUCCUUUGUCCCCGCGCAUAUCCAGGGGUAGUGGUCAGCAUAUUUUAUUAUCACUUAGACCCUUCUCGACGAUCUCCCCACGACAAGCAUGUCCGAAAUCAUCCUGCGCUGGAAAAAACACUCCGUCCCCAGCCAGCCAUAACCCUGGGCAGGAUUCGAAUUCAAACGCAGAUACUAGAUCGCUUCUCCGCGCUUCUUUCUGGAGUAGCCGUCCGACAUGGAAACGCGCAUCUAUCAACACCUUGCGCUGCUUAGUCGGCUGCACGAUCGGCGACUUCUCGGCCCUCUGGGUCCUGCAAACCUAUCUUCCUGGUCUCGGAAUGGGCACUAUCAUGGGAUUAUCAAUGGCAAGCGGGAUCUCAACAUCCAUCCUCCUCGAAACCAUGCUUCUCAAGCACGGCCCCGACAAGCUCCCCCUUCCCGCGGCAUUUCGCACCGCAACGGGCAUGAGCCUUGUCUCUAUGCUCGCCAUGGAAGCGGCCGAGAACGCUGUCGACUGGCAUCUAACCGGCGGCGUGGUGGCGGUGCAGGACCCGGCGUUCUGGGCCGCCGCGGCGGUGAGUAUCGCGGCGGGGUUUUUGGCGCCUUUACCGUAUAAUUAUGUGAGGUUGAGGAGGUGGGGAAGGAGUUGUCAUUGAUUUUGGGUUGGAGAGAGCUUGUUUGUAUUACUAUUGCUAUUAUUUGGAAGGGUAGUGUUCUGUGUAUUAUAUCAUCUCCACUCAGAU